AUGGAGGGCACACCUUUCUCAUCAAUGGAGGAACAACCCUCCUCAAAUCCAAGAGAACCCACCACCCGGAUUCUUGCAUUUUCUUUGCAGCCGAAGUCACCCUCUAGGGCAGAACCCUCACAGACCAUGAAGAAGUCUUCAAUGAAAGAACACCAUCAGCUGCCACAAGCUCAUCAAAGUUUGGCUUCUUAUCCUAGAGUAGAAAAUGUUAGUAACGAGGUGAAAGAGCAAGCUGAAGCAUUGAUAUUAAUGCACAAAGAAAGUUCUACUGGACGUGAGAGGCUAAAGAGGCAUAGAGAAGAAGUGAGUGGUAAGGUUAUGAUACCAGAAACAUGGGGUCAAGAGAAUUUGCUUGCAGAUUGGAUUGAUUAUUCUUCAUUUGACAAGUUGUUAGCCCCAGAUGGAAUCACAUCAGCUCGUGAAGCACUUGUUGCUGAGGGACGUAGAGCCUGCACUUCACAUCAACGACUCAGAGUAUAA